AUGUUUGGUUUUGGGCCGCUGAUCGUGUGUCUGCUGGCUCUGGGAAGUGUGGAGGGUGACGGUGCUUCGUCUUAUACAUUGGCAACGUUCAACGUAGACCUGGUGCCCAACACAGAUGUUUUGGGAUACUCUGAACGUCGAGAUGCGUUCCUCCAAGAGGUAAGAAAGUCAACUGCUUACAUUCUUUGCCUUCAAGGAUUGUGGCUCAAGGAAGAUAUUAAAGCAGCUAUUGACUCUGCUUCUAACUUUAAAUACUUCCACAAGCUGCCUGUGUUCACUGAUGUUCAAGGAUUUAAUAUUCUAAAGAGAACAGUUUCUCCUUGUGAUUUUGGGAAGGUUCUUGUACUUCAAGGACUCCCUGGUAUUUUAGAAUGUACAACUGUUAACGUUGCUAGUGUUUCUUAUUAUCCAUCAACUCAUGGCUUGUUACUUCUUAGUAAACUCCCGUUGCUAAACAAGUUCCAGGGUAAUUUCAGCAAUGGUCAGUUGACUUUCCUAACUUGUGGUUACAUUGGAGCAGAAGUUCAAACUAUUGGCAAGGUGGUAUGCACACAGUUGACUGGUUACAUUCCAGGAGCAUAUGUUGGACCUUCUUUGUUCAGCAGUUAUGAACAAGAGCAGGCCAGUCAGGUGGAUAAGUUGCUGAAGACGUUUCCUUUUUUGGAUAGUAAUCAAACACUAUUGCUGGGAGGCUUUGCUCAUGGACCAACAAUUGAUCGUUCUAUUAUUGGAACAUUUUCAAGACAACACAAAAUGAUGAUUCAUGAAUGUUACAUCUCUCCUUAUGCCAAUAAAACAAGAGCAACUGGAGAGUGCACUGUCUGUUUUGGAAAUCCUUUGGCAGAGCCAGCACGACGAGUGAUUACAAGUGUAUUUUCAAAUGUUGACUUAAACAACUCAACUGAUGUCAGUUCUUUGAAAGCUGAACUUACCCAAAACAAUGUUGUUGAUUUCAAUAUUUUGUAUUACCUAACUCGCACAAAUGCUUUAAAUUUCAGUGAUCCAUCACUUUACCAGCGUAUCAAUUCAGGAAAUGCAACCAGCUCUACCUUCGACACAAACCCUUACGGCUUUAUUGUUGAUCACAUCUAUGUGCCACAAACCAUUGUGAUGAAUGUGCUAGAGGCCAGGAGGAUCUGGAAUUCAUCAAUUGUCAAUGUAGUCGAUACAACCGUACCUUUGUCAGAUCACUAUGGGAUCGAGAUCACAAUCGAGGUUACAGAACAAUCACCAUCUGGUGCAGUCGCGCUCUAUCUACCCUAUUCUGUCUUUAUGGCUUUGUCACUUAUCAGCAUUAUAUUUUUCAUGGAUUUUGGACUGCACAUGUAGUCUGACAAGGUAUUGCUAGUAUCUAGUGAGUGCAGGGGGUAUGCACUUGGAACACAUAAUGUGUGCACUGCUUUACCUGCGCUAUGCUGCUACAUAUGCGUGCGUGUAUGGUCAUUUUAGAUUAGUUAUUAAAAUUUUAGUAUU